CGCAUGGAGCGGCCGGGGAGCAACGGGAGCUGCCCGGGCUGCCGGCUGGAGGGGGGUCCGUCGGCGCGGGCCGCUACCGCCCUGGCGGCCGUGCUCAUCUUCACCAUCGUGGUGGACCUGCUGGGCAACGCGCUGGUCAUCCUCUCGGUGCUGAGGAACAAGAAGCUCCGCAACGCCGGCAACAUCUUUGUCGUCAGUUUGUCUGUUGCAGACCUUGUAGUUGCAGUUUAUCCAUACCCACUGAUCUUGAGUGCCAUUUUCCAUAAUGGAUGGACCAUGGGAAACGUUCACUGCCAGAUAAGUGGGUUUCUGAUGGGCUUAAGUGUCAUCGGGUCCAUUUUCAACAUCACAGCAAUCGCAAUCAACCGCUACUGCUACAUCUGCCACAGCCUCCGGUAUGAUAAGCUCUUCAACCUGAAGAACACCUGCUGCUACCUCUGCCUGACCUGGAUACUCACAGUGGUGGCAAUUGUGCCAAACUUCUUUGUUGGCUCCUUGCAGUAUGACCCCCGGAUUUACUCCUGCACCUUUGCCCAGACGGUGAGUACAUCGUACACCAUCACAGUGGUGGUGGUUCACUUCAUUGUCCCACUGUCCAUCGUGACGUUUUGUUACCUACGGAUCUGGAUUUUGGUGAUUCAAGUCAAGCAACGGGUAAGACAAGACUGCAAGCAGAAGCUCAGAGCAGCUGACAUCCGGAAUUUCUUGACUAUGUUUGUGGUUUUUGUCCUUUUCGCUGUGUGCUGGGGACCGUUAAACUUUAUUGGCCUUGCUGUUUCAAUUAAUCCUUCAAAAGUGCAGCCCCACAUUCCAGAAUGGCUUUUUGUCCUGAGCUAUUUUAUGGCCUAUUUUAACAGCUGCCUCAAUGCUGUGAUCUAUGGGCUGCUCAACCAGAAUUUCCGGAAGGAAUACAAAAGGAUACUGCUGACACUCCGGACUCCCAGGCUGCUCUUCAUCGAUGUGUCCAAGGGUGGGACAGAAGGGAUGAAAAGCAAGCCAUCUCCAGCUGUAACAAACAACAACAACCAUGCUGAAAUACACCUAUGAGCUGGAACAGUACUAUUUAUUCUGGAUUACAGUUGUAUAUAGAAUAUAUCAGAGCCUUUCUAUGUGUGCGUUUCACAGCUGGCGUUGCUGGGCCCCUCAUGCAAGGGAGGAGUCUGCUACCAUUUGUGCUUAGUUAUUGCUGUGACAUGGAGGCUUUGAGUAAGGAUUUUUCAGAAGGGAAACGACUGAUCUUCAUACAUUGAUUUUCCUAUGUCAUCUCUCACUGUGUGCCUAAUUAAUUGGUUUGGUUGCUUUUGCCACAAGCAUGCCAGUACCCUCGAGAAGGGAAGCAUUCAGAGUGCAUGGAGAAAUGCAGUUAUGCUUGAAAUGCACCCUCCAAGAGCCAGCAAAAUCACCUUGUAUUACAAACCAACCUUUCUCCCCUCCUUCUGAAUUCUAUCUUUUUAGCAUCAACAUUACCCAAACUAUAGCAAACAAGGUGUAAGCUGCAUGACUUUUAACCUUUUUAUUAGGUAACAAUAUUAGCCAGCAGGCAUACACACAGGCAUGAUGACUUCCACUGUGUGUGUGUUUGGUUUCCUUUUUCUUUUCUCUUAGGGUUUAGAAGCUAGCCUGGGCUAGAUGAGAGGCAGGCAAAAGCCAGACCUAGUGAGUGUCUGAUACACUCAUUUUAAUUGAAUAUCUACAGAUAUUAAGUACCCUUGCACUCUUCUUCCCAGGCCAUGAGUAAAAGUAUAACAUAUGACAUAAUCUAAUUGCAGGAAGAUACUUGGAGCCUGAUUCUAUUUUAGGCAGUAUCCUGUCGUGGCCAGCAUUCAUUCCAAGUACCUUUCAGAAGUCCCUGCUACAGAGACAUCACAAAAAAGAUGAACAUAGUGGAGUCCCAUCCGUUUAAUGCAGAUGCUGGCUUUUAAGUUCCAGUAAUAUUUACACUUGCUGACAAAGGGGGAAGGAAGUGUCUGUUCUGUUUUUGCCCACCACACAACAUGAAUUUGAUGGGAAGGAAAAAAGAAGUGGUGAAUUUUUUUUCCAUUUUAUCCUUGUACAGAUUUGUAGUUAAUUCAUGGAGCUGGGAGAGGAAAGCUACUGAAGCAUACUGAUACAUCAGUUUUCUGUUAAAACCUGAAAUCAGUUGUCUUUGUCAUCAGAAACGAUGUCCUGAUUGCUGGGAAGGCUGGUAUCCCAUUAGAAACAAGCACAUGGGCAAAGAUAGAGCUCUGUCAUGAAUGGAGUGUGGAGGUGGUUUAAUUGUGUGAAUUCUAUAAAAUCUACAGGUAAAACUCCCCUGGUGCAACUCUGCCUUCAAACUAGGAAACCUGGCUUGGUGCUGGUGGGCUGAGAGGCACAGUGGGUGCUGUGCAAUGGAGAGGAGCAGGUCUGAGCCCCAUGGCUCUGAAGAGGAGAGGUGAGCCCAGCUCCUUAUCAAAGAGUGCAGUCUUCCCUGUUUGAUCAUAGCCAAAGCAGGACUAGUUGCCAGGGCUGAACCCUGAAACACUGAGAACCAGACUUUGCAAUAGUGUGUGUGUGCCUAGAGAUGAAGGUUUCUGGGAUUUACAAAAACCCUGAGCAGACUAAGUGCCUAAUCCUUAGUGAAGUUAAUGAGUCAUUUGCGCAUUGCUUGCUUAAAGCAACUUGUUGAUUUUUUUGAGGGAAUAGGAGUAGAGAGAAAUGAAGCCCCCUUUAUGAAGUGGGCCAAAAAACACUGAGGGCUCAUUGCUUCACACAGUGUGUGUGCUGCCAUAUGGUGAAGGUUUCUGCAGAGCAAUGCAGGUCUCUGCAUUUAUAGGGCACCCUGGCACUUCAUGAAGUUUCAAACAUGAACAUCUCAGCCACUUGAGAUGAUUAUUGUUUUAAAAUGCACGGCAGCCAGCCUCCCAUAAUAGGAAUUGAGCUGAGUUCUCUUUUGGCCUCUUAAUCUGCACAAGCAUGGCCAAAUAAAGGUAUUAUAACCUUUAGAAAUAAUGUGGUCUGUUUGCCUUCCAGCAAAACCAGUCUGGAUGAAUUAACACCAUUCCAUGCAAACAAAAUAAUUUUGAGUCAAACUUGGAUAAGAAAAGCAUUGAGGAAUCCAUAACUGCAGUGAGCAUUUCUUCCAUCAUGCCAAGGAUAUGUCCUGUGUUCUGGGAUUUGUCUUCAAAGUCUUGCAAUUAGCUACAACAAUGUUAGUUAGAAUAGCAUUAUUUAAGCAUCUAGCACCAAGCCAAAUAUACUCCUUUGAGACAAUCAUGAAGAAUCUUCUACAGGUUUGCCAAAUGUCUCAAAUACCCCACAACUGGGGUUUCAUCUUAUGGAUCUUUGUUUAUUUAACUGAAUGGUCAGUGAAGGCAAUGUGGUAUUUUUUUUUCUUUAAGCUUGUAUUUGCACUAUUUCUUAUUCAGGCUCCAAGGUAACAGCCAGCGAACAUUUGAACCAAACCAAGUAAGCCAAAGAGGUUUCAAAUAGGCAAGCUGUGGGAGCCUCUGCUAGCACCUGGUAGGAAGGGGAGCAGCAGGAGCACGAUAAGGCAUUUCCCCAGGAUGUGCGGAGUCACUGCUGAACCAAACCAUGCAAAGUGACAGGGGGUUCUGCUCAUCUUCUGCUGUAGGGUCUGAGCCCGACUCCUGCCCAGGUCUUUGCAGGAGACAGGCUAAGUUCUUGCUGCUCUGGGGUGGGUCCCGAGCAGCUCCCUGCCUGUGCAGACCUUGCCACCACCCUGCAGGGUGGGAGUGGGUCUGUGAUGGGCACCAUCUCUCCAUGCAACAGCAGAGAGAACUUGCCCUAGCACCACCUGUUUGGAAGUGCUUUGGGUGUCCCAGUUGCCCAAGAGCAAGUCCAGAGGUGGGGUGAUUGAGUAGCCACAGCUGGGAGUCCUGAGCUCAGUCCUGCUGUAGCUGAGGUUUGCAGUAUGAAACAUAAAAAGCAGGGAACAUGGCUUCACACAGAAAGCACUGUGCCAUUUGCUCGCACUUUGAUACAGAGAGAGUGUGUAGGGUAGGAUAGAUUUUUAUACUGACUUACAUUCCUGACUACCCAAGCAGCUCAUUAUUUUUAUGUUAAGAAAUGGGUAACAGGGUACAGAGAGUUUAUUUUAUUAACAUUUGUUUACAGAAAAAGGGAAGUGUGUUUUAGACUUGGAAUUCUGAGCAGUGAGAGUUUCCCUGUGGGAAUCUAGCUUUAAUCCAAAUUUGAACUUUCAUGGAGAAUCUCACAGCUUAAUCCAUGCUCUGCCAAUUCCAUCUGUUGCAUACCUGGCCUUAAGUCUCAGAAAUAGUGUUGAGAUCUCCUAUAAACUGACUUUAAAUCACUUGCUCUGAUGGUGUUGAAUACCUAUUCUAGCCCCAAAGUCUAAAAUUGUCUUAGUGAUCAUAAAUGCAUGGAGAGGCAGUAUUACUGUGAGGGAAGAUUAAUCUCUUGUCACAAAGAAAUACUUGUGGACGUUGCUUAUGAAUGUUGUUUAAUCUAUUUAAGAAUAAUGUAACCAAUAUAUUUAUAGAUAAAUAUAUAUUGCAUAUGCUGUUUCCAUUUUAUCAUUUGAUUAAGAGUCCUUCAGUAUACUUCCCUCUUGCUGUUUUUGUUCAUGAAGUAGAUUAAUUCCCUUUGCCUGUUAAAACUGUAAUAAAUCUGCCAUUGG